AUGGGCGGGGUGGUGGAGAAGUGGGCCCCAGCGUGGUCGGCACUGGCGACCAAACUCUUCUUCCUCUGGCCCGUCGUCAACAACCACAUCCCCGCCGGCCUCCGCCAGUGGCUCGCCACCGUCGGCGAGAGGCUCACCGCCUACUUCAGCCCUUACCUCCACGUCACCAUCUCCGAGUACGGCCACGAGCGCUUCCGCCGCAGCGACUUCUUCCUCGCCGUCGAGGCCUACCUCAGCCACGCCUGCGCCCGCCGCGCCCGCAAGCUCCGCGCCGACCUCGGCAAGGACGCCAGGACGCUGCAGGUCACCGUCGACGACCACCAGGAGGUCACCGACUCCUUCCGCGGCGACGUCAAGCUCUGGUGGUACCCUUCCAAGAAGUCCAGCCGGACCAGCGUUAUCAGCAUCUACCUCGGCCAGGACGAGAGCCGCUUCUACAGCCUCGUCUUCCACCGCCGCCACCGCGACCUCGUCCUCGACGAAUACCUCCCCCACGUCCUCGCCGAGGGCCGCGCCGUCACCGUCCGCAACCGCCAGCGCCACCUCUUCACCAACAACGCCAGCGGCGGCGGCUCCAACCCCUACAGCCGCAAGGGCAUCUGGAGCCACCUUAACAUCGAGCACCCGGCCACCUUCGACACGCUCGCCAUGGACCCCGACGAGAAGGAGGCCAUCAUCGACGACCUCACCGCCUUCCGCGACAGCAAGGACUACUACACCAAGGUCGGCAAGGCAUGGAAGCGCGGGUACCUGCUGCACGGGCCUCCAGGCACCGGCAAGUCCACCAUGAUCGCCGCCAUCGCCAACUUUCUGGACUACGACGUCUACGACCUCGAGCUGACGGCCGUCAAGAACAACACCGACCUGCGCAAGCUCUACAUCGAGACCACCGGCAAGUCCAUUAUCGUCAUCGAGGACAUCGACUGCUCGGUCGACCUCACCGGCAAGCGCAAGAAGGCCGCCGACGACAAGAAGGCAUCCUCCGACGGCGGCGAGGGCGACGCCGACAAGCCCAAGCUCCCGACCGAGCCGGAGAAGGAGGAGGCAUCAAAGGUGACGCUGUCGGGUCUGCUCAACUUCAUCGACGGGCUGUGGUCGGCGUGCGGCGGUGAGAGGAUCAUCAUCUUCACGACGAACCACAAGGAGAAGCUGGACCCGGCGCUGAUCCGGCGGGGCAGGAUGGACGUGCACAUCGAGAUGUCCUACUGCCGGUUCGAGGCGUUCAAGGUGCUGGCCAAGAACUACCUGGGCGUGGAGGAGCACCCGCUGUUCGGCGAGAUACGGCGGCUGCUGGAGGAAACGGAGAUGUCGCCGGCGGACGUGGCGGAGAACCUGAUGCCCAUGUCGAAGAGGAAGAAGAGGGAGCCCGACGCGUGCCUGGCAGGUCUGAUCGAGGCGCUGAAGAAGACGAAGGAGGAUGCAGCGGUGGCGAAGGCAGAAGCAGAGGCGAAAGAGGAAGCAUCAGGCAACAACGGUGACGAAGCAGCAGGGAAGACCGAGAUGGACAAGUCGUCGUCGUCAUCAGGCAGCAAGGCCAACGCCACCAUAUAG